ACCAAACUAAUCGAGCAGAAGCAAAAAUCGGUGGCUCAGGCUUAUGAGCCGAACAGUGAUCACCCCACUGAGCAGAAAUGGCGGAUGACAAGGAUCCUCUGAAACAGUUGAAAGAUCUGACGCAGCUCAAAAGUCAGUUGGAGGAAAUCCAGAGGCGAGUAGAAAACGAAAUUUCUGUAGGAAUUCCUCAGGGAGGCUCAGUGUUGGGAUCACCAUUUCUGAAGGGCUUUCUGGCUGGUUAUGUGGUGGCCAAGCUCCGCUCCUCUGCCAUCCUGGGAGUGCUGCUGGGAACAAUCACUGGCAUGUACGCGGCACAGAGCUAUCAAGUGCCCAACAUUGAAAGGACCGUGAAAGAUUAUAUGAACAACUUGAAAAAAGGACCAAAGUAAUUUGGGCUGACUGCUGGUCUUGCCAGUGGCAUACCAGGUACAAGAGGAAGAAAUACUGUUGCAGCUGCUGGCUUGUCAGUGGCUCGUGACAGAUCAGCCUUCAAGAUUUCUGUGUAGACUAGACUUUGGAUAUAAUGAUAUAACUGGAAUUUCAUUGGGGACUCAAAGUAAAAGACUGGCUUUUAUUUUCAUUUUUGUUUCAGGUUCAGUUUACUGCUCUGUUUCAUUUCCAUCUUCUAUCUGUUUGAUGUUAACACAAGAUGUGAGACUUGCCUUGUACCUACAAGGUUUUAAUGUUUGGUCCAUCAGAUUUCAUAACUUGUCUUAGUUUUGGUGCCUGCAGCAGUUAGCUAUCUAAACCUGUUAGAUAUUGAAUUGCUCAUGUGUAAAACAGGCAGUAAUUCCUGCAAAUGUUUUAAUGUUCAGCUCAUAAUACAUAUAGAGAGCUAUACAGAGAAUAGUGCAUCUAAGUGUUUUAUAAUUGAUAUUUAAAUAGUUGAUAUUUAUAGCAGUUUAAUUGAAAAACAGCCAAAAAGUCAAGGGAUUUUGCACUAUAGCUAGUAUUCAGAUGUGUUAGAAAUUAAGUGUUUUAUUUUGCAUCAUUGAGGAUGAUUGUGAUCCAGAAUGUGGGACCCAGUUCCCCAGCGAGGAUUAGGAGACAGUGGGUGAACAGGAUUCAGUGGGGUGUCCUCUUUGGGCUGAUGGUCCUCAUCUAUGGCUCUCAUGCACCACUCAUCACUCUCACCAAGGUAGAUGGUCAAGUCCCUUUCAAAGCCUCAUCAUGUGUUGUUAUGAUUGAGCUAGCCAAACUCCUGAUUUCUCUGGCAAUUCUUGUUCUAACUGGGGGUACAUCCACCUUACACGCUCCUCCACCUCUAGUCCUCGUGGCCCCCUAUGCAGUCCCUGCCAUACUGUAUGCUCUCAACAACAACCUGGUAGUUCUCAUGCAGGCCUACAUGGACCCGAGCUCAUACCAAGUCCUCUCUAACCUGAAAAUUGCCUCCACUGCCCUGCUGUACUCCCUCUGCCUGGGCAAGAGGCUCCGGUCUGCUCAGUGGUUAGGUGUGGGGCUCCUCAUGGGAGCAGGGGUGUGCCACAGCUACAGCAGCCUGGAUCUAGGGGACCCUAAGAAAGCUGAAGCUAAGGAAGGUCCCAGGCUUCAUAUCACAGCUUGGGGGCUUUUCCUUGUGCUGGUGUACUGCUGUGUUUCAGGGCUGGCAGCAGUUUACACAGAGAGGGUGCUGAAGAGCCAGAAGCUGCCGCUCAGCUUACAGAAUCUCUACCUCUAUGUGUUUGGUGUGGCCAUCAAUGGGCUCUCCUCCUUCUCCUCUGUAGCAAGUGAAAAGAGCUUUCUGGAGGGAUACUCAGGGGUGGUUUGGACCAUUAUAGCAGGGCAGGCAGCUAACGGACUCUUGAUGUCUGUGGUGCUCAAGCAUGGCAGCGGGAUUACCAGACUGUUUGUCAUUUCCUGCUCCAUGCUGGUUAAUGCUUUGUUGUCAUGGGCCAUCUUAGGGCUGCAGCUCACACCUUUCUUCCUCCUUCCAGUUUCUAUGAUUGGACUGGCAGCUUACCUUUAUUAUAGGUAGUAAAGUCUCCACCAAAUGUACCACAUGACCCAUUGAACCCAGAAAAACUCAUUACAAUCUACCUAAACUUCUGUUUGUUCUAGUUGUUGAGUUUCAGAUAUGAUUUGUUUUCUGCCUUCUGACUUUGACAUCAAGAAUCAAACACAUGUAUUUGAUUUGUAACCAUAUACCAUAUGUCAGCCAAUGCCUAAUUUGACAAUUUCCAUCAUAUUUUAGGGGUAAAAUUUCUGUUACACUGUCGCAAGUACAUUCAAAUAAUAAUGCACGUCAGGAUUAUUAUAUCUUCAGUGAAAUAUUUCUAAAGAGUGCUGCUAUUGUCAUCUUGGUGAUUUUCUUUUGUAUUGCAUUCUCUGCCAAGAACAGUGUCAAAGAUAAUAUCAAAGUGUUGUACAGUGCGUUAAUGAUAACCAAUAAAAAGUAAAAAACU